AUGGACACCCUUCCCAAGGAGUUCGAUGCCAUAGUUUUGGGCACAGGUCUGAAAGAGGGGAUUGUCUCUGCUCUCCUGUCUGUCCACGGGCGUAAGGUCCUUCACAUUGAUCGAAAUGACUUCUACGGAGGAGAUUGUGCGUCAUUGAAACUCUCGCAACUUUACUCUUUUUUUGGUGAAAGUCUGUCGUCAAUCCCCGCAGAGUUCGGAAAGGACAACGAAUGGAGCAUAGACCUUAUACCUAAGUUCAUACUCUCCAGCGGAGACUUAUUCUACAUGCUUCGUCAUGUUGAUUGUCUUCACUAUCUGGAGUUUGGGCGUGUCGCAGGUGCGUUUGUUUACAAUAACGGUGUCAUUCAUCGUGUGCCCGCCACAACCAAGCAAGCUCUGGACUCAAAACUUAUGGGUCUGUUUGAGAAAAAGCGUAUGGCAAACCUUUUCGAGUAUAUUACUAGCUUUGAAGAGAAUCCAUCUGCUACCUCCAAUUUAUCUAGCCAGGGAAAGACACCUGCAACUGCUACUUGUAACGAAUACUUUGAUGCAUAUAAGCUUUCGGAUUCGACUAAGGAGUUCAUUGGACAUGCAAUGGCUUUAGAGCUGGAUGAUGAGUAUUUGAACAAGCCAGCUUUGGAGACCUUCCGCCGCAUCGAUCUCUACACGCAGAGCCUCAGCCGCUUUGGCCAGUCUCCCUUCAUCUAUCCUCUCUACGGCCUGGGAGACCUCCCGCAGGCGUUCAGCAGGGUUGCAGCCGUGUGGGGAGGAAUAUACAUGCUCAAUACCCCUGUUUCUGAAAUUUUGUACAACGAUGACAAGAAGGUUCGUGGAGUACGAUUCGGAGACCAUGAAGUUUCUGCCCCAAUCGUCGUGGGAGAUCCCAGCUAUUUUCCUGACCUUGUUGUGAGCAAGGGACGCGUGGGCCGGGCGAUAUGCAUAUUAAAAGGCCCUAUUCCGGAAUGUGACCAGCAGUCCGACGUGGAGAAGGAUGGCGCUGGAAAUAGAAUCGUGCAAACCGCCCACCAAGUCAUUCUUCCAGCCUCUCAGAUACAACGCAAAUCAGAUAUCUAUGUCUCGACGCAGGGAUACAACCAUCGAACUACGCCACGCAACUGUGUGCUGGGCUAUGUCUCAGGCCUUGUCUAUGGAAGUAGGAGUGACAACCGCGAUGAGCUCAAGGCAGGAUUUGAUAUUCUCAAGAGAGCAGGAAUCAGUAAGACCUUUUACAAAGAGUAUGACCUAUUAGAACCAAAGGAGGAGGCUCAGAGGAGAAAUAUCUUUAUCAGCAAGUCUUACGACGCUACGUCCCACUUCGAGAGCACAGUAGCUGAUGCAAUAGACAUGUAUCAACGCAUUACAGGAGAGACUCUAGAUCUCACUACCAUUGUGAAGCGUCAGGCUCCCACAGUGGAGGAUGCGUGA